AACCACGCGAUGAAUCAUACUUCCUCUAACAGUCAGGCCUCCACUCUGCAUUCAUUCUCUCGGAAGACAGAUGGCGGGUGCAAAAGUCACAAAACUGCAGAAUCAGCUGAAUCAGCAACAACAGCUGAGCUCAGUACAGCUGAGAACAAAGAGUUCACAGAACUGUGGAGAACGUCUGAGUCAGUCCAAGUCCAUGGUCCUUCAGGACUCUGACCUUCCUGAAAAACCGAUCUCUCGCCAUCGCAGAAAUCAGUCUCAGUACAGUGUAAUUGUGGGAGGAGCUACAGCAUUUGAAACACAGGGGGACUUUGGAGGUGAACAGCUGAAUGUGACAAAGAUCUCAGAGAGGGGUAAGAAACAGAGAAAGAACUGGACUUUGAUGUGGUCAGUGUUGAAAUCAGACCAACUGCUGUUUUACAAAGACAGACAACAAAUCACAGCUCUGAAACCAGAUGGGAGGACUGAUGUGGUUCAGCUGUGGGGAGCUGUUAUUGAGUGGAUUACAGAAAAGUCAAGCAGGAAAAAUGUGUUCCAGAUCACAACAAACACAGGAAGUGAGUAUCUGAUUCAGGUUGACAAUUUCUCGACUGCCAACAAAUGGUAUGAUGCCAUUAAAAGGGCCAUCGACUCCUCAACUAAAGCAGAUUUUCAUCUGCGGAGAUCAAACAGUACAGAGAACCUGCACAGACACCGCUCUCUGCCUGGAUAUGGCUCCACCUCCACAAAUACCAAACCAUGCAACCUGGGUCACAGACGUUCUAUCAACAUGUUCAGCAGCUCAAAGCUGAAACACAGUUCAUCAGACAUUACCGACAAGAACGGGGUGAAGAACAGACUGAGGAAGUUCAUAAGUCGACGUCCGUCCAUAAAGACGCUGCAGGAGAAAGGCCUCAUCAAAGAUCGAGUGUUUGGCUGCAAACUGUCAACUCUCUGUGAACGAGAAGGAACCAUUGUGCCGAAAUUCAUCCGAAUGUGUUUGGACGCAGUUGAUAAACGAGGUUUGGAAGUCGACGGUAUUUACAGAGUCAGUGGAAAUUUGGCCACUAUUCAGAAACUUCGCUUUAUCAUCGAUCAAGAGGAGCAGCUGGACCUUGACCAGCAUCAGUGGGACGAUGUCCAUGUCAUCACAGGAGCUCUGAAGAUGUUUUUCCGUGAACUUCCAGAACCACUGUUUCCCUUUAGCUUCUUUCAGCUGUUUGUGGAUGUGAUCAAGAUCAAAGACUCCAAACAAAAAGUUCAGGCUUUGAAGAAACUGAUCCAUGAGCUGCCAAGAGUCAACCAGGAAACUAUGAAGCUGCUCUUCACACACCUGAACAGAGUUUUAGAAUUCUCCAAGAAGAACCUGAUGUCCACUCAGGGCAUGGCCAUCGUGUUUGGACCAACACUGAUGUGGCCGGAGCUGGACGGAGGAAACAUGGCGGUCAACAUGGUCUUUCAGAACCAGGUCGUAGAGUUGGUCCUCCGGGAAAGUCCAGAAAUCUUCAAUCCAGACAGAAAGUGACAAAUAAAUGAAAAACAAACAAA